GUCACACCGACUUCAUUCCAGUUGAGUAAAUAAAUCACCGCUGGUGGCUUUGCUUUUGUCUGCGUGUGCAUACUUUCUUUUUGUCCUGACUACCAGGGGUAUGUGGAUAUCUUAAUCCUCUGCCUUCUUCGUGUUGUUUUCGCACAGUUUGCGUGUCCGUUACAGUAAGGCUCCUCCUGCAGACGCAUUUCGUUUUGCGCAACAGCGCAAAACGACUUUGGCACGGUGUGACUUUGGCACGGCAUAAGACGCAGUCCGUCUGUCGAGCUCGGUGCAUUCCCACCUCUGCGAAAAUGGCGAAAAUCAGUCCGUGUUUCAAGAAGAUCUUCAUCUUCUUCAACUCUCUUUUUGCAAUCUUUGGGAUUGUUGUUUUCGUCUUGGCCUUGUUAGCGCAUCAAUUCGCCAAUGAGCCGAAUGGCCUGCACGGAGUAAUCCUCCUGUAUGUGAUCGGUUCUGUCAUUUUCAUCAUCGCUGUCUUGGGAGCUUAUGGUGCAUACAAAGAGAGCAAGUGUGCCCUGAUUGUGUUUUUCACCGUGAUGUGUUUGGCGACUAUUGGCAUGUUGCGUAUCGCCGUUCCAAUGGCAGCCUACCGGCAGGAGCUCAUCUCAGCUGUCAGACAACAAUUCGGAACUAAAGAAGUUUUCAAUAAAGAUGUAGAGAAUGCACUCGACUCCAUGCAAGCACAUUUGCAGUGCUGUGGACUCAAUGGCUAUGAGGACUGGAAAGAUCAAGCUCCUGAAUCAUGUAACUGCGUCAAUGAACAUGGUCCAAGUGGCAAAUGUAAGAAGAUAACCUCAAGGAAGUCCUACCAGAACUUUUGGCAGGACCAUGGAUCAGAAAGCAGAAUGGUCUGGUCACAGCCAUGUGGGCCUAUUAUUAUUGAAUAUUUGGACAAACUAAUAACCAUCGUAACGGGUGUGCUUUUCGGCCUCGCAACUCUCGCUAUUCUGGGAGGUCUGAUGUCUCUUGCGAUGAUUGUCCGUGUCUCCGCUCCUGAGACAGCAAUUCAUCUGUCAUCUUUUCCUCUUUCAUACCAGCCACCAAAAUACUCAGAGGUGGUUAAUUCUUAACCAAGCAAUUUAACAGCUUCAUCCGUCCAGCCAUUUCCUAUAUCGCUUAUCCUACAGGGUCACGGGGAACCUGGAGCCUAUCCCAAGGCAGGGUUACCCCUGGACAGGGUGUUUAACAGCUUCAGUUUGUAAUAACUUGGGUUUUAAGGGAUUUUGCAAGUCGAGCUUCUUCCAAUAUAGACAUCCACAUUCCUGUGCUUCUACAUGUCCUUCACUCCACUGAAAGAGUAUGUGGAGCAAACUGACAAUACUGCUUAGAUUUAAUAUUUCUUUUGUUAGUUUGCUUUUAUGUCAGCAUUGCAUUUCUUACUUUGUAGGGCAGCAUGUCUACAGGACUGGAGUGGGGGGGGGGGGGCCUUGCUUUAUGAUACAGUUCAAACGGCUUUGAAAAUGUUUAUUAAAACAUUUUUUUUUAUAUUAUAUAUCUAAGUUUUCUAAGGUGUUGGAUCUUAAAAUGUGUACUAAUUUCCUGUCUUUGAGUGACCUUCAGAUGUGCUAACAAUUCACGAUUUGAUAUAUUUUGUAUUCUGUUCUAUUUCUGAGCUUGUGGUUUAAUAAAUCCUGGUCACAUAA